AAGAGUGGACGAGAGCGGUAAGUGUAACUGCGUGCAAGAUGGAAAGGAAGGAUUCUCUGCGGAAUUUGUUCCAAGACUUGGGCUGUAAAGUCGAAAGCGAUGCCAUUCUCGAUAAAUGUUUCGAACUUUGCGAAUCUUACAAUGUGGAUGUGGAGAAGCUUACGGAAUUGUGGCUUACUUUUUGUGUCAAUAACAACAAUGACAUUGAUCCUACUCUUGGCAGUCUCAUUAAGAUGGAAAACACAAUCUUGAAAAAGGAUUAUAAAUUGCAUGACCUAACCAUGGGAAAUAAUACAAAUAGAAAACAAAGUAUGGAUAAACAAGGAUUUAGUGCAAAUAGAGAUACUGAAAACGAUGAUAUGCUUAGCAUGUAUGGCUGUACCGAAACUAGACCACCAAAGCGCGCGCGAAGUCCAGAGAUUGAUACAGAUGCUCAGACGGAUAAAACCAGAGUCGCAGAGUUUUCGUUUUCAUCAGCUAGCUACGCCGAAAACUCAAGCACGUCGAAUCUGCGUAAUGCAACGGACAAAGGAAAGAUCCUGCUCUUCACCGGCGAGAGCGUCGCGUCAUGGAAGAGGACAGGAGAUUACGAAGUCGAAAUCACGAAGUCCGACGAACCGCAUGUUCCCGUCGACGCAAGGUACAUGUACGAGAUCCUGUCGAAACAGGGACAUCUUCUCACGUCGGUGUGUCGACGUCUAGGCAGCAGACUGUUCAAAACGUGGUCGGCGAUGACCGGUAACGCCACUGCCGAAUUGCGUUACGUAAAGAACGUACGAAGCGUGAACCAGACGCACUUCCGGACAUUCGGUCGCGUCAACGUGAAGAAGGAAUCCGCGAAUACGGUGACGUUGGAAGGUUGCACGAGACGGAGAGGCGCUUCGAUGGCCGACUCGAUCGAGCUGGAUUUUCGCAAUCUGAAACAAUACUCUGUAUUUUCUGGGCAGAUUGUAGCGGUCGAGGCCACCAACCCGAUAGGCGAUGCUUUAUAUGUAAAUCAGAUAUUCGCGAAGGCAUACGCGCCGUCCGCAUCCGCGCCUAGACUCGAAUCGAAGAUUAACAUCUUCGUCGCGGCGGGCCCGUUUACCGCGCUCAGUAACACGCUUUACCAGCCGUUAUGGGAUUUGAUGGAGAAGAUUGCGUCAGACGAGCCGCACGUUUUGAUCCUCGUCGGGCCUUUCCUCGAAUACACGCACCCCGAAGUACAAAAUAAUCUCAUUAGGGAUACGCAUCAGGAAUUCUUCGAAAAGAUUCUCACGAGGAUAAUGGAAUCAACGAAGAAAAACACGCAAGUCGUGUUGGUGGCUUCUAAUCGCGACGCACAUCACGAACCUAUAUUUCCAACACCUGAGUAUGCUGUUUUUAACAAAAAGUUGUUGCAAAAUUAUCGGAAUUUAAAAUUAAUGCCAGAUCCCUGUAUAUUGGAUGUUGCCGGCUUAAAGAUCGGAGUCACGUCAGUCGAUGUAAUCAAACACAUCGGAAAAGAGGAGAUAUCAAACGUAACCGGUGACCGACUUGGUCGUCUGGCUGAUCAUGUGCUCGCUCAAACAUGUUUCUAUCCCGUGUAUCCUCCGUUCGAGGACCUAAACGUGGACACGGAUUUAUGGGAAAAGCAUGCAUUUUUCGAUCAACAACCGCACGUGUUAAUUUUACCAUCCGAUAUGCGAUGUUAUUGCAAAGUGAUUAACGAGUGCGUGACUCUGAAUCCGGAACGCAUGCACAAACACGCUUAUGCAAGAUUGAGCGUGAAACCGGCUCUCGGCGAUAAAUGGAAUUCUAGUAAUAUCUCUUGCGAGAUCGUCAAAGUUUGAUAGCUUUAAAAUAAAAAUGUAUGUAAUAACCAAAAA